AUGAAGACCACUCGCAAGUGCAGGGCACUGCUGUCCGUUAGUAUGAAUCUUUUAGCACUAUUUUUCUCAAUAACUGCUUUCAUCACAACAUACUGGUGCGUCGGCACGCAGCGCGUCCCCAAGCCGAAGUGCACUAAACUUCGCACGCACAACUGCAUCGAUUAUGGAGUGAACGAGACGGACCCCAAAGUAGUGGUGUACAGUUGGGAAACGGGGGACGACCGGUUCCUAUUCAGACAGUUCCACACCGGGAUCUGGUUCUCCUGUGCGGAGAAUAUCCACGAUGAAGGUGAGAAAUGCAGGAGCUUUAUCGAUCUGGCUCCGGCUUCGGAAAGAGGUGUCCUAUGGCUGUCGGUGGUCUCUGAGAUGCUGUACAUAGUCCUGUUGAUAGUGGGUUUCAGCCUGAUGUGUCUAGAACUGGUCCACUCCAGCACCAGCAACAUGAUCGAUGGACUGAAACUGAACGCCUUCGCUGCAAUCUUCACCGUCCUCUCAGGGCUCCUGGGUAUGGUGGCCCACAUGAUGUACACACAGGUGUUCCAGGUGACAGUCACCCUGGGCCCUGCAGACUGGAGGCCCUAUAACUGGGACUACGGAUGGUCUUUCUGCAUGGCCUGGGCAUCCUUCACCUGCUGCAUGGGUGCAUCAGUCACCACCCUCAACUCCUACACCAAGACUGUCAUCGAGUUCCGACACAAACGCAAGACCUUCGUGCAGAGCAUCCGCAAGGAGCAGGCGCGGGAGGCGUUGGGAUACUACCGCGAUCACUCCCUACACUCCAUAUCCCAAACUGUGGAGGUGUACACACAGACACCGUAUAGCAGUGGUAUUAGGACGCACCUACCGGCCGCGUCGUUAGACCUGAGUGACGUGUCAGAGACUCUGGGGGAAGACCAGUGCUGA